AUGGAGAAACCUAUAGUUCGUGCAAGAGUAGUGAAAGUUCUUGGCAGAACAGGUUCUCAAGGGCAAUGUACGCAAGUCAAAGUGGAGUUUUUGAAUGAGCAAAACAGACAGUUAAUUCGGAACGUGAAAGGUCCUGUACGAGAAGGAGACAUUCUAACACUCUUAGAAUCUGAAAGAGAAGCCAGACGACUUCGUUAGUACAUUUAAGAAUAAAACUUUCUUCUCGAAAAUUAAGCAAAAAAUAUAUAUAUUAAACUGCUCCAGAAAAAAAGAGAGAAAAAGAGAAUGAUGAUUAAUAUCGACUCUCUUAUAUACUAUUUGGUAUGUACACAAAAGGAAGGAAAAAAUAACGUUUCUAAAUAUUUUUUAAACAAUUAAAGUCGAUAAAAUAUAAAUAUCAAUAUGCAUUUCAUUUCCUAGGUAUUAUUAUUGUUAGAUAUUAUAAAUAGAAACUAAUUGACAUUUGUUUUAGAACUCUGAUCAAUCUCUUUUUUCCUUAUAUGUUUCUAAUUUUAAUGAAAAAUUAUAUUCAUAAUUGAUGAAAUUGAUGAAAAUGAUAUAUAUGUACAUAUUAUUGUUAUACAAGUAUAACUGAAGUAUAUUUGUAAAUAAAAAUUAAUAAAAAUAAUUAAUAAUAAUAAAAAUUCAAAAAAUAAA